AUGCAGAUAGGUGAACUUGGUCACCGUCUCUGGUGGUUCUGGCGCUGUGAUUGGCUGGUAAUGCACCCGUCCAAUCGCGUAAAUCUUGCGAAUUGCUCUUUGGAGGUGCCAGACACGCUAAAGCACAUGGACACUUACACACAUGACGUAAUCAACCCUCCGUACACCAAACCGCUGCCUUCAAAUCGCAAAGAUGUUUGGAUGCUUGUGUGGUUGUUCAGAAAAGAUAAAUGUGAAGAACCAGCAGGGCAUUUUUCUACGUACGUGAUAUUUUGGACCAAGGGUAGGAAUUUCAUUUCCACGUUGGAUCAAAUUCUCUGUGCGCCAUUAAGUGGUUUCAGUACAAUCGAACUUAUAUCACCAGCAAGUGACAGGCGUAAUUUGCUCGUUCUGAAACGGAUAAGAUGCCAUUCCAAAUCGGAUGAAUCAAAGGCUCUGAGCGAGGCACGUCUGCAUUUGUCCCUUCCCUCUCACCCGAAUAUCCUGCCUUGUGUGGGUACAGGAACGUAUCCGCUACGCAAUCAUCCUCAAGGCGCAAUUUCGGAAGUAUUUAUGGUACUUGACUACUGUAAGCGUGGUUCUCUCCUACGUGAGUUGGAUAUCAGAAAAAAGCGUGGUGUUGGCGGCUUAUCGAGUCACUUGGCUGCAAAAGUUUGCGUUGGAUUGUGUAACGCUCUGCUGGUUCUAUUGUCUUUGGACGUUCCUAUGUCACAUAGAGACAUUAAACCCGGAAAUGUGUUGUUGCAGGACGACUGGUGCCCCAUGCUAAUGGAUUUCGGUUCAUGUACACCGGCUGUGAUUGAGCUGCCAACCUACCGCGAUGUAGAAAUUUGGAAGGAAUUUGCUGCGGAACAUUGUUCAAUGGCUUACCGAGCUCCAGAGUUGUUUCAACCCAAAGUUGGCGAGAAUAUUACGGAGAAAGCGGAUUUAUGGUCGCUCGGUUGCCUGUUGUAUGCUCUGCUGUUUCUCGAAUCGCCUAUGGAUCGUGUUCAUGCAAAGGGUGACAGCGUCGCUCUAGCUGUGUGGUCAGCAAAGAUUCACUUCCCGACAGAGACAUCAGACACUCCUCCUGGUAUGUUGCACCUGAUCAAAUCAAUGCUUUCUGUGGAUCCUCAGGCACGCCCAUCUUUGGAUAAUGUACUGGAGGUUUUAGCAUCUUUUGAGCGCUGAUUUUGCACGCUAACCACCGAUGGAAACGCACCAAUUCAGAGGAACCACUGCUGAAGUAAAGGCCUCAUAUGAUCUUCGUCUGUGCACAAUACGAGCUUAUUCAUUCCUGUGAUACUUUGUUCGCUCAUGUAACCACUUGUUUCCUUGUCUUUCCGAUGGUUUUAGCAAUUUGUAUCCAGCUUUUUCCAAGACAAACAAUGAACAUUCCUUCAACCCAGUAUCAUGCUUUACAUGUUUGUGCGUACUUCAGCCUUAUUGAGGUAAGGUACACAGUCACUCAGGAGACCAUGUGUUGGAUAGAGCUACCGCACAAUGGAUAAGUAAAACGUC